GGCGCCAAUGGCCGCUCUGCGAAGUCCCAUCCCCGAAGUGUUAAUAUUUAGGUCAUAAGAUAAAGCGACGUUUGGAACAAAAACCGCCCGGCUCUCCUCUCCUCUCCUCUCGGCGGGGGUCUGUUGUCUCCAAGAGCCCCCGAAUGACGCUGCUUAGCGGGACAUGUUGGCAUAAUAUUGGGACAUUUUGCGCCGUCACAUCAGGCUAACGUCGCUCCUCUCGGCUAAGCUAGCUGUCACAUCUUCACAAGCUCGACACCAUUGUCGUCCCUGCGCGUCCAGGCUUCAUCAGGCCUGAGGUUGGCGUCUGAUGGAGCGGGUGUUUUUGGAGAGGCGCCAUGUUCCCUUGUCACGCCGGCCCCUGGCCCGCUUCUGAGGCCCGCGGCGGUCAUGUGCCCACCACGGAGCCCUCCCAGCCCCUCCCAGAUCUGCUGUGCAGCUGCCCGCCGCCGCCGCUGAACGUCCACUCCGAGGCGCCCUCGCCCGACUCCAUGGAGUCCCUCAUCGUGGUGACGGAGUGCGAACCCAGCUCGAGAGAGAGCGCAGGACGAGCGCAGGAGGAGGAGGAAGAGGAAAUGGACAGUUCGGAGACGCCACCUUUCCCCACGCCAUCCUGCGACCUUGUGUCCCACAAGGGUUCUCGUUCGGAGGGUCUGCUGCCCGCCACCGAGGAGCAAAGAGCUCGCCUGAGCCUGUCGGACAGGAAGCUGUCGCUGCAGGAGCGCUCGCAGACGCCAACGUCGCCGUGCGGCUCGCCGGGACUCAACGGCCGCUACAUCUACCCGUCCUUGCCGUACUCGCCCAUCACCUCGCCGCACUCCUCGCCGCGCCUGCUGCGCCGCCCCACCGUGGAGUCCCACAGCGUGUCUAUUACAGACCUCCAGGACUGUGUGCAGCUCAACCAGUACAAGCUGAAGGACGAGAUUGGAAAGGGCUCCUACGGUGUGGUCAAGCUGGCGUACAACGAAGACGACAACAUGUACUAUGCCAUGAAGGUCCUGUCCAAGAAGAGGCUGAUGAGGCAGGCAGGAUUCCCACGAAGACCCCCCCCUCGCGGAGCCAAAGCUGUCCCAGAGGGCCCGCCGCAGCCCAAAGGCCCCCUGGAACGGGUCUACCAGGAGAUCGCCAUACUGAAAAAGCUGGACCAUCCUAAUGUGGUGAAACUUGUGGAGGUUUUGGAUGACCCCAGUGAGGACCAUCUCUACAUGGUGUUUGAGCUGGUCAAGCAAGGGGCGGUGAUGGAGGUGCCCACAGACAAAGCGUUCAGCGAGGACCAGGCUCGCUUUUAUUUCCAGGACCUGCUGAGAGGAAUGGAGUAUUUACACUACCAGAGGAUCAUCCACCGAGACGUGAAGCCCUCCAACCUGCUGGUGGCAGAAGACGGCCACAUCAAGAUCGCAGACUUCGGGGUGAGCAACCAGUUCCAGGGGACAGACGCCCUGCUGACCAGCACUGUGGGCACACCUGCCUUCUUGGCCCCCGAGACUCUGUCUGACACCAGGAAGAACUUCUCUGGCAAGGCGCUGGAUGUUUGGGCCAUGGGUGUGACGCUCUACUGCUUCGUCUUUGGAGUGUGUCCCUUUAUGGACGAGCGCAUCCUCAGCCUGCAUCACAAGAUCAGAACGCUGCCAGUGGAGUUGCCAGAACGUGCUGAGGUGUCUGAGGACCUGAAGGACUUGCUGCUGAAGAUGCUGGACAAGAACCCUGAGAGCAGAAUAUCAAUUCCACAGAUGAAAGUGCACCCGUGGGUGACCCGGCACGGCGCCGAGCCCCUCCCCCCGGAGGACGACAACUGCUGCUCGCUCAUCGAGGUGACGGAGGAGGAGGUGGAGAACUCUGUCAAGCACAUUCCCAGCCUGCCAACUGUGAUCCUGGUGAGGACCAUGUUGAGGAAGAGAUCCUUUGGGAACCCUUUUGAUUGGGCCAGGAAAGAAGGAAGCAGCGGCUCACACACGAAGCAGCAGCAGCCGGGUGAAGGUGCGAGGAGUGUAGAUCUUCCGUUGUUGGGAGAAGACGAGACUCUUUCCUGAUGCAGCAGGUUGGAUUUCAACGGUGUUGCUGCGCCACCAAACCCCUUUACUCUUCCAGAACUUACUGUACGUACAGUAUUCACAGGGGCUCCUUGAGACUGUGGGAAGAUUCCAGAAGGACAGGCUCCUCCUCCCCCUGGUCUGUAGUUGCAUGUUUACUGUCAGCAUGCCAGUCUCAGGCGUGGUUCUCCUUUGUGACUUUCCCACUUUCAGGUACGACAACAGCACACUUUCAUAUGAAUAUUAUUAUUAUUAAUAAUGCUUUACUUACUUUGAGAGGACCAUCUUCAGUGCGGACAAUACUCUUCUGCAAGGUGCUGGUGUGUAAAUAAUCUGCACUUGUAGUUCCAGUCCACAUGCUUGUUGGACCACUUCUUCUCGUGUCUGCUCAAAAAAGUCACCCCCUUUUUUUUCCACGUGCAGCAAAUCAUUUUGUAUGUGAAGAACCUGUGAGUACAUUUUGUACCAGCCUAUGCAUGACGUAUCUGCAGGACGUAUGAGAAGAUGUGCCAUGUACGCGUCUAAUCAGGUCAAACAUCAAUAGUCAAUAAUCAAUGCUUCCGUCCGCUCAGCCCAAACUUCUCUAUGCAUUUCUAUGUCAUUUCACUGCACUUUGAAGGAAUACACAGAGUACAUCUUCAUGUCCACAUUUAAUGUCCACACUUCUCUACAAUAUCUCUUUUGUGCUUUUUCCUCACCUAAAAGGAUUUUUUUUCUUCAUGUGAAAAUGUUAUGUCUUUUUUUCCAUUUAAAACCAUUUUGUUUGUUUUACAAAUUUAUUUUCCUGAGAAUUAAGUCAUAAUCUUACAAGAGAUAAGCAGAAAAAAAUUAUAAAAUUAUAGUUAGAAUUUAUUGCUGAACAAUUAAUAUUACAAGGUAAGGUAAAAACAAUGCAUUGAUAUCAUUUAUAUUUUUUCCUGCCAAAAAAUAAUUUUUGUGAUACAUCACUUAUAUGUACGAUAUACUAUAUAUUCAUAUAUACGCAUAUACAUAUAUACGUAAAUAUAUAUACAUAUAAAUGUAAAUAUAUCUACAUAUGUAUAUAUACAUAUGUGUAUACAUAUAUAUACACACAUAUGUGUAUAUACAUAUGUGUAUAUAUAUGUAUAUACAUAUAUAAAUGUAUACAUAUGUGUAUAUAUAUGUAUUUAUAUGUAUAUGUGUAUAUAUAUAUACAUAUGUGUAUAUAUAUACAUAUAUAUAUACUGUGUAUAUAUACACAUAUAUACAUAUAUAUACACGCAUGUAUACAUAUAUACAUAAACAUAUAUAUACAUACAUACAUACACACACACACAUAUAUAUAUACACAUACACACACACACAUCUAUAUAUAUAUAUACAUACAUACAUAAAUGUACACAUGUAUAUCUACAUAUAUAUGUAUACAUGUAUAUUAUUGCAGAACUAUAACUAAUGUAAUAUAAGGGAAAAAGUACAUCUUAAAAGAAAAAGUUUGCAGCAUUUUAAAAGUUGUGGGCGGAUGAGGAUAAACUGCAACAAUCUAGUAGAAUAUUUGGUAUUUUCAAGGAGAAAAAGGUCAAAUUUGACAAGAAUGUAGUUGUUUUAUGCAAAUAAAGUUUCACAGCAGACUAUUUGUUAUAUCACCCAAAUAAACAUGUCAGAAUUUGAUGAGAAAAUAGUUUUUCUGUUAUUUCACUAGAGCGUUUUAGUCUUUAUCUUACAAUAUUACAUCAACAUUCCUGGUAAUAUUAGAACUUUUUUCUCGGAACAUUAAAACUUGAUUAAUUUCUAAACCUCGAGUCUCACAACCUAAGUGUUUCCGGUCAUGGAUUUUGUGGGAUCCCAGGUUGCAGAGCUAACAUGGCACAGAGCAAUCUCAAUGUGCAGACAUUUUUUUGUAAUUUUCUUGGGAUCUUCGAGCAGCUGAGUCAGCACUUUUAUUUGUGUUUUCUUCUUUGUGGUGUACAAAAGGUGUGCCGCUGCAUGCUAACAUGUGUAUUGUGACAGCAUGACACGCAGUAAUACUUAAUAAAACUACCUUCUUCAUCACUCA